AUGAGCACCGAUCCCUCCGACUGUCCUCAGGACAGUAACUCGACCGACUGUCUACUACGAGCUGUGGCGGAAAUUCUGAACGAAUCGCGCAAUGCCGACGGUGCAAAAUUUGAUUGGGAACCUUGGAAUUUUGGCAUAACCGUCUUCAUUGGUGCCGUGGCAUUAGUCUUUGCCCUGAUCCCCAUCAUUCAGGUUAUCAUUGCACCUGGACAAGGAAGCAGAACAUCAAGUCGCCUUGCCAUCGGGCCCUACUGGUCAGAGAAGACAACGAGGAAGUGGAACCCGCGCCAAUGGGUCUUCGAGUAUACCGUAACCACACCCAUCUUUCGCAUGAAGACAUUGAAGAAAUGGAUCAAGGAAAACAUCGAGGAAGAAAAUGAAGGCCAUGAAGAUUAUAAACAUGAUCUUUGGAGCGAUAUUGACAAGGUUUGCCCAGAGAGCAUAGAUAACUCGGAACCAGAAAAGCUAACAAUGAACAAGGCUUGUAGAACUGUCAACGAUAAGAGAGACACUGGAAAGAAACCGAUCGAUUUGAGGGCCGCUUUGGUUGAGAGUCUCCGCGCUUUUCUCGCCAAGAGAUUGUUACAUUUUCGUCGUGAGAAUAGGCCCGCUGCAACCUGGAUCGAGUUCUUCCAGAAAACUGGUUUGGACGAGAUUAUACCCAAACCCAAACCUCAAGAUCAACAAUCCCAAGGCACCGAGCCUCAAGAUCCCUUGGGUGAGAGGGACGUUACCGCUGAUUACCUUCCCAGCGACAUGGUCGCCGCUCCUGCGUACGCGCAAAUUGGGGUUAUUGUCACGGCCGCUGCAACAACACGAGGAUGGGUGAAAUGGCCCGACGAUCCAUCAUCGAAAUAUCCCGUAAUCCUUGGCCAUGGAUUCCAAUUCGACUUUCGCCAACAUCCCAUACUUGGUACUAUUGGAGCAUAUUCGCAGUACAGCAGAAAGAGCCAAGACCGAAUAGACCCUGACCAAGCCCUCGAUACUCUUUUACCUCAGUGGCUGCGCAGUACUAUACAAGACCAAGAGGCUCACCUCAAGAUUGAGAAGAGAAGACGUUUGAGACUGGACAGUCUGAACGAACUCCGCGUGGCCAUCCUCCACGCGCGCGGAAGUAUAGAAGCCCGCGAACAAUCGUUGUUCAGGGGCGGGUCCAAGGACAAGAACCCACUGAAGGCCAUCAAUCUGAAAGGCAGCGAACAACGCACCGAGGCAUUGAGAUUCCUUUUAGAGGUAUCCAAGAAGGACAUGGACUCGGGAGCAAGGGAUGCAUUUAUGUUGGACUACGGAGAGCUCUCCCAUGACCAAUAUAUGCCCAUUGUUGCACUGUUCCUGGCUAGCACGCCACAAUUUAUUCCUGCAAUAUUCCCUACGAAUUCUCUUCGCAAAAUGCCCCCACUUACGAUUCUCGCUUUGAGCGGGCACUACUGGACCGAAGUCUCAAAAGAGGCCGUAAGAGGGGACGACUUGUCUGAUUGGCCCAAGUCUCUUCAAACCCCUCGCUGGGACACCAAUGCCAUUCAAUGGGUCAACGAUGGCAUGGAUGACGUGGGUAAGGUCAAGAGCGAGACCCUCCACGAGACUUUCAAGAAGAUCAAACAAUCAAUUUACAAUUCCUGGAAUUGUCAAGGAGGGAACGGAUCAAAUCCUACUGUCGGCCUCAAGGUUGUACUUCAUCUCUGCCUGAAGCUGCUCCACAACGCCGACACUUUCCGGUCAUGGUUCGACGAAUAUCAUCCAGCAGUCGGAGCUUACCUGAGACGUCUCAUUCUUUUGCAACUCCAACUGCUAGAUCUCUGGUUCAUGGACGAUAAGCACACAACGAGUUCUACCGAGUCUCGUGCAAUUCGAAUUUGUAACACAACUCUCGUGUUAAUGCUGGCGGAAGACAUGGCGUCAAGGCAGGGAGACGUGGUUCAUCCAACUCCUGAUGAAUCAAAGCAGACCGUCUUCCGUCUUAACCUUCGCACACUGAAGUGGCUAGAAAAUUUGAUGAAACCCAUAGAUCUACCCGAGGAGAUUCCGGCAAGGUAUAGGAAUGAUUGGAAUCCACAAAAGAGUUUCGAUCGCAAAAGUCUCUCGAUCAAGAGCGUUCAAAACCAAGAACAAGAUGAUCAUGAGAUCUUGGAAUCUUUGGCUGCACAGAUGAAGCCAUACGAUAAAGAUCUGAGACACCUUGCAUGCGAUCAUUAUAACAAGAAGUGGGAGCUGUUCAAUACUUGCCGGAUGUUGAACAGAUUGGACAAAGUGGUCUCUUCUAAGGCUGAUAGCGCCUAUCGUAAGAGGCUGCCCCGUGAAUGUCAAGUAGAAGAAAGCGUGGACGACAAGACGACUGAUGACAUAAUUAUAUUCCGCUGCAUUCUCAUAUCAUUACUCUUCCAGAUGGCCCCGGACAACAGCAAACUGCUAGAUUCGGGGAUCUGGGAACAGGUUGUGGGUAUUCUUUAG